CACAGUAUUUUGUGAUAGGCAAAACAAAUUGUGAGAAAACCUUGCUUAUAUCUCUACACAUAGUAAUAAAGCACGCCGUAGCUGCCGUUCCCCGCCACCACCGGCGCUUUCCACUUCCCGUCACCACCACCACCGCCUGCUGCACGUCGCCGACUGCCGCUAUUUCUUGCUACCAAUUUCUCAGGUUUCCUCCCUCUGUCGCUACUUAAUUAGUUAAGUGAGUAAGCUUGUUUCAAGAAGGGAAAGAUCUAUUCAAACUUAGCAUUGCAGAAACAAAACAGAGUGAGAGGAAGAAGAAGAAGAAGAAUGUUUGGGAGGGGAACAGCGUUUUCGAUUCUGAAGCGCAGCAGAGAAGCUGCAAUUCACAAGCUUAGAGGCACCACGACAAGGCCUUUCUCUCACCCUUCCGCUCAAGAAUCAUUCAAGUUUCUCUCCCCUUCCAUUGCCAGCCAUGGCUUUCGAGCUUUUCGAUCUCUUCCUAUUCCUAAGGGACAUCAUGUCUCAUACACGAGGAGCUUUUCUAAGGUGGUUUCUGCUGGGGCUGAACAUAAGGAGGGGUUGAAGCUGUUUGUGACAGGAGGUGCUCAUGCCCAGAAAGUGGUGGGAAUAUGGCUCUUUGGCUCUGCCGCGUGGGUGUUUAGCAUGGUGCUUCUUGGGGGUUUAACCAGACUCACUAGAUCUGGUCUUUCAAUGACUGAUUGGAAAUUCACAGGUGGUCUUCCUCCUCUGUCAGAUGAGGAAUGGUUGCAAGAGUUUGAGAAGUACAAGCAGUCACCUGAAUACAAGCGUGUUAACAAAGGGAUGACGAUUGAAGAAUUCAAGUUCAUAUAUUGGAUGGAAUAUGCUCAUCGUAUGUGGGGAAGGGCGCUAGGAGUUAUAUUUGCUUUGCCGUAUUCAUAUUUUCUUCAUAAAGGGUAUAUUACCUUGAGAUUAGGACUGAGACUUUCUGCUCUAUUUGCCCUGGGUGCUGGGCAGGGUCUCAUUGGCUGGUGGAUGGUUAAAAGUGGUUUAGAGGAACCCCCAACUGAAUAUUCUCAACCAAGGGUAAGCCCUUAUCGUCUAGCAGCUCACCUUACAUCAGCAUUUGCUAUUUACUGUGGUCUCUUUUGGACUGCACUUUCUGUUGUUAUGCCAGAACCACCAGCUGAAUCAGUAACGUGGGUUCGUGAAGCAGCUAAAGUAAGGAGACUUGCAUUGCCUGUCAGCCUACUGGUCGGUCUCACUGCUGUCUCCGGUGCGUUUGUUGCUGGAAAUGAUGCUGGGCAUGCAUUUAAUACUUUUCCGAAGAUGGGUGAUACAUGGAUACCAGAAGACAUUUUUGAAAUGAAACCUCUGAUUCGAAAUUUCUUUGAGAAUACAUCAACUGUACAGCUCGAUCACCGUAUCCUUGCAACUGCAACUCUAAUUUCCGUGGGUGCUUUGUGGGGGGCAACAAGAAAGCUUGACAUACAUCCUGCAGUAAGAUCUCUGAUUGGAAGCAUAGUUGGCAUGGCAGCUCUUCAGGUCACAUUGGGGGUUUCAACACUUCUUUCAUAUGUACCUGUUUCACUGGGUACUGCACAUCAAGCUGGAGCCUUAACACUUCUGACAUUUAUGUUACUGCUUAAUCACACGGUCCGAAAGCCAUCCUUGUCCCUUCUCAAAUCUCUUCCUCAGGUUGUCAAAGCAAACUAACUGAAAAGAGUUGUGAUAUUUAUUUUUUAUGCUGAGUUUGGCAUUGAGCUCCUUGUCCAAUUUUUCACUGUUGGAAUCUUUAUUUGGUUUGCACAUUUGAGGCUUGAAAAUUCAUUAUAAUGCAACUGAUCUGUUAAUUAUAUCAUCUAUGAUUUAUGUAACUUAUGCUGAAAAUCAGUACAGGGAAUCUUAUGUAAACUAAUACAACUUAGAGUGGAAGAAGAAUCUAUGGCCUUCCAUCUUUCAUAAUGACUUUUUUCUUGACACA